CUCUGCAGCUUCCGCCUCUGCCUCUGGGGAAUAUUUGGAACCUAGCAGUGGCAGCACCAGGGAUCAGCACCGCCAACCUUUCCUUCAGGACCAAAAGAGUGGCUCAAAGUUUCAAGUUGCUUCUGUGAACCUUGUACAUUGGGAGGGAGUCUUAACUUUGGCUGACAACUUACCGUGUAUGGUUAAUAGUUUGAGCAUCUUCGCUUGCACACACCCUUACACAUGGGUUGGGUUGAUACACGUUUUACAAGGAUUCACAAUUCUGUUUUGAACAAACACCUCACCUACAGGCAGGAGUUACUUUUGCUUGAUAAUGAGGUUGCUUUCAAUGAUGCCAUCAUUGAGGAGAGGGAACAGGGUAUUCGAGACAUAGAAGCACAAAUAGGGGAAGCUAGUGAAAUUUUCAAGGACCUUGCUGUUCUCGUUCAUGAGCAGGGUGUAGUCAUUGAUGACAUUCAAUCAAACAUUGACAACUCUUCUGCUGCAACGACCCAAGCUAGAGUUCAACUAGCUAAGGCGUCCAAAGGAGUUAAAUCCAGAUGCUCAUGGUGUUGGUGGGUGCUGGUAGUUUUGGUAGUGGUGGUCGUGAUCGUCGUGAUCGUCCUUAUCAUAUAAUGUGCAAGUACAUACAUACAUAGUCACGGUGUGCCUCUGCAUGACAAUGUUGUUUGUCUGAUCAAUUCUUUGUUUAUUGAUGUCCUCCAGCCUUUGGUUGAGAUUUACAUGUAUUAGAGUGGAAACUGGAACGUCUCUUUUUUCACUUUCCUUUUAUCUUGCGGCGGUUCUGCUUGUUUUUGUUAUCUGUAUUAUGGUUCCUGGGGUUCACUUUUUGUAAUUUUUUCUUUUUAAUAGUGGAUUACUAGUUUUUGGUUU